AUGGGCCACCAAAGCCAGCUACUGUCGUCCUCUGAGGCCGCACCCGCCUACGAUGAGCAUGGCUUCAAUCACGAGCACCCCGUGAACGCAGUCCCAAGCUCAGGACCAGCUUCUGCCUACGCGACGGUCCCCCAAAACGAAUCUGACAUCGAGCUGGCGCACGAUCAUACCGUGCCGAUAUCUUCUAAUGUGCAGUCUUCAUUCACGCCGCAUCAGCACUGCGAGACAUGCGAUACCCUCACGUCUAAACGGAAGCUCAGGGCCAAUGAACGGCAUUGCUGCAUGUGGACUUCUAUUGUGUUCAUGACGAUCAGUGUCGCAUUACUGCUUCUGGGAAUCGUGGCUGUUGAUGCCAAGUACAAGCAUCGAAGAGAGUAG